UAUAUAAAAAGAGCCAAAUCUCUAUUGUUUUAUGUAGAAUUUUUGGAAAGCGAUUCAUUGUUCUUACUACUUCUUCCCAUAAAAUACCAUUUUGGUAUUUUAUCAAACAUUAUAAAACAAAAACGAAAUCGAUUUCUUUCGAAUUUUGAAUUACCAUAUUCCACGUCAUGCUGUUGAUUAAGAAAGCAAAAAUAAUACGGUAAAAGGAUUUGAAAAAUCGGAUCAAAUUCGUACUGAAAAAGAAUAACUUUAUUAAAGCUGAAAAUGAUAAAGGCAACCUUGCAAAUUCAUUAGUACCAAGUCAAAUAUGUAGCAAAAGUCACUGUUUCUAAUUGUUCAUUACUUCCAUCAGACGUUAGUUGUUUCUUGUUAUACGCAGUAACAACGUUGUUCGCCUUUAAUUUUUUCUCCAGAAAUCGCCUGAUAGCCAAGAAUAAGAAAAAAACCUCGUUAGCCUGUUGUUUGUUAAAAGAUGAUUAAGCUGGGUGACGUUUUCCCUGACUUUAAGGCCGAAACCUCUCGAGGACCGAUUCAGUUCCAUGAAUGGCUAGGAGAUUCCUGGGGACUCUUUUUUUCCCACCCUGCUGAUUUUACACCUGUGUGUACCACAGAACUCGGUAGAGUUGCUCAGCUUCAGGGGAAAUUUGAGGAAAAAAAUGUUAAGCUGAUAGCACUCUCCUGCGAUGGAGUUGAUAGCCAUCGAAAGUGGAUUGAAGAUAUCAAAGCAUAUUCCAAAAUAGAAAAAUUCUCUUACCCAAUUAUAGCUGAUGAGAAAAGGGAACUAGCUCUUCAACUUGGAAUGAUUGAUCCUGAAGAGAAGGAUGCUGCUGGAAUGCCCUUAACUUGCCGAGCAGUAUUCUUUAUUGGGCCAGACAAGAAACUGAAGCUGUCACUGCUUUACCCAGCAACAACAGGACGCAAUUUUGAUGAAAUCUUACGAGCAAUCGACUCCGUGCAGCUAACGGCCAGAUAUAGAGUUGCUACCCCGGCGGACUGGCAACAUGGAACGUACUGCAUGGUAUUGCCAACAGUGAAAGACGACGAGCUAGAAGCAUUGUUCCCUAAAGGAGUGGAAAAGCAUGCAAUGCCUUCCGGAAAAGACUACCUACGUAUGACACCUUGCCCUCAGAAAGAAUGAGAAGCUUUGGUUUUCUGGACUAUCAUUGGUGGUUUUCAUCCUAAAUUACCACUUUUAUCUUUAUUAUCCUGUUAAGGAAAAUUUCUCAGUCUCAUUCUACCAAAUAAAUAAAAUGGCGAAUAACUCGCUUUUUUCUUCUA